UUUAUCCGGUCGUACUUUUGGGUUUAGUAACGAACGAGAACGACUUUGACACGGUGUUUCUCUGUUUAGCUCCCAAAUCGCCAAGAGUCCAUCCUUCGUCUCUCUCCAGUCCACCGCCGAGAGUCGAUCAAGAGUUCGAUCUCCGUUGAUCACACAUGGCUAUGACCAUCGAAGGUUAAUCAAAUUACUCACCUUUCUUUCUCUUCUAUUAGUUUCUUCUUUUCCCGGACGAGCUCCGAAUCAGAUUCGAUAAAGCUUCAUGCUUUGUUAAUUUUAGUGAGCUAGGGUUUUGAAUUCUUCAAAUUUCAACUCAUUGUUUGCUAUUUUUGUUUCAUGGGUUUCUUCUGGAAUGCUCAAUCUGCUGUUUUGUUGUGUUACAGUACUUGCUGGACUUGCUUUCAUGUUUUCAUCUAGUAUCCUUCUCCAGAUCCUGCAUUUUCGCCUGGUUACUUAUGUGCUUAAUUGUCACACCUUGCUUUAUAUGGCGUGUGCUUUAUAUAGUAACUGGUGGCCAAUGCUUUCAGCACUCAUGUAUGUGGUAGUGCCUAUGCCUUGUAUGUUCUUUGGAGGAGGCUCAACGCAGUUCUUAAUUAGUCGAGAUGGUGGAGGGUGGAUAGAUGCAGCAAAGUUCUUGACAGGAGCAUCAACAGUAGGAAGCCUGGCGAUUCCAAUCAUAUUAAGGCAUGCAGGAAUGAUCGAGACGGGUGCAAUGCUCAUAGAGUUCACAUCGUUCUUCGUAUUCAUCUGCACUGUCAUGUGUUUUCACCGGGCUAGCCUCGAUGAUUAUGAUUGGUAACUAACAGCUAAGUUGUUGGUGGUGAUUUACUAAUUGAUCUUAUAUCCCUCCUUUGUAUCAAUCAGUGUCUGUAAAAAAAGUUUUUUAUUCAUCAUGAUAGUGUACCUGAUGCUUGUGGUUUUUCUUA